GAGCGGUGAGUUUACGGUAGAGCUUGAAACAGGAAGGAUGCGGCUGGUUGUCUAUGAACUCACAGUUUUUUGAUAUUGUGCAACUUAAAGAUACAAGAUAUCACACCUGCAUUAAAACAUCGCAGAGGAUCACAAGCGAAGUGUAUACAUGCUGAAUGUUUAGUUGCUGAAGCAGCAGGUCUUUUAAAAACCUCCCGGAGAUAAACUUACAAGCUUCACAGUGCGUGGAUCAAAACGUUUAACGCAAUUAAUUAUCUCCUGUUUGGACGUCACAGCCCACACUUCACCAAGCUGAGUAAUACCUGGAUAAUGUCUCUUUGACAAGCUUGUUGGACUUCUUACAUUUUUGUUAAAAUACACCACCACCCGUCGAGCAGAUUGUGUAGAUCGUACAGCACAAGAUGCCUAUCUUAAAGCAGCUAGUCUCCGGUUCAUCUCAGACUAAACGGCGUUCCCGCAUGGACCUCACCACGGAGAUGAUCAGCGCUCCCUUGGGUGACUUCCGGCACACCAUGCACGUAGGACGCAGCGGGGAAGCUUUCGGAGACACUUCUUUCCUCAGCACUCGAUCUGGAGAGCCACCCCAAGAAGAUCACAGCUAUCCUCGCUCUCCCAGACCUGGACUCCUCUCCCGUACCUUUCGGAGCAGCAAGCGCUCCCAGUCCGUCAACAGAGUAGAUCUGCGAGAGGAAGCUUUCCUUCCUCCGAGUGGAUCGCCUACCUUUGUAAAAAAUGCGAUGUCCUUGCCUUUUUUGAACAACGAGCAUGAUGGAGACGCUAGAGUUCUCAAGAGCUUGACCUCCAGCCCCUCCAACGGGGCUUCGGCUAAUGCGCUUGACCUAGAGCUCCACGAAAAGCAGUUUGGGGUGUUGACAGACCUGCGGCCGUCCCCGUCAUACAACGGGGGAGGUAUGAAGAAGGCUGAAUCUGUGAUGUCAUUCCACAUCGACCUUGGGCCCUCCAUGCUUGGUGAAAUUUUGGGAGUCAUGGAGAAGGAAGAUGACGACCAAGGGUUUGAGGAAGGAAAGGGCAGUGAGGGUCAUGCUUCACCUCUUCCUAACAACCAGGAAAGAGAUGAUGAAGACGAGGAGAUGGUGAAAGAGGAGAAACCGGAGGAGCAUGACGAGCUUCCCAUAAGAGCUCCCAGUUCUGUUGACCUGGAGAUCCAGAGUGAAGGCACCAGCACUCCAGAGCCACUCCACAAAUACCAGCAUCACCACGAUAGCUGCUCACUAUCCAGCUCGGGUUCAGCCGCCAUGGAGGAGAAACCGACCAGUCAGCAUCACGAAGACGACGUAGCCAGUUCUGACAACGCAUGCAACCCAGACAAUGAACCAGCCUUCUCCUCCUUUAUGGAGGAUGAAGAUGAUGAAAUCCGAGUAUGAAAGCCCACGAUCUUAAUGCGGAGAGGCUUUACCAGAUUUUGACAGUCUUCCGAUAUUGUAUUAAAACUGAGAGACGUUAAGUUGGGUGUAGAUGUAAGCACGUCCAGAUGCCUCAGGAUCCGGUGUCCCUAUGGAAAGACGUCGGGAGGACCGGUUUAGCUCGGACACCAAAGCUGUCAUCUGUCACACUACUCGCCACUCCAAGACGAACAGCUGGAUGUGUUAACAUUAAGACAGAAACAAAAAAGGACUGUUUGUGAUAUCAACUGAUAGCUAAGCUGAAUGAAAGGUGGUUAGGGAUACAUACAUGCAUCUAUAAAAAGGUUACUUGCUGGAGCAAAUGCAUUUAUUACACCACAGUCUCCACUGCAUACAGUACAAGACAGUCAUAUAACAUGACAUCAUUAUACGAGCUACUGUUGACUAAGCUCAGGAAGUGUCCUUGUAAUGCUAAUAACUCACUGCGCAUGUAUGAGCUGAAAUGGAAAUGAUUUGAAAAUGGCCACAUGCUGUACUAUUGGAGGAAGGUGGCGACAUGUUUCACCUUUUCAGCAUUUUUUGGUUGUACAUGUUUUGCAUAGCAGAUCUCUGCUCUGUAUCUUGCAAAUCUCACCACUUCCUUCCUGCAUUUUGUGACACGCGAGGGGAACUACUUCUUUGUCGCUGGAGUUUUGAUCAGUUUGGCCGUGUCACUGUAUUUGACACACAACGUGUUUAGCAACAAAGCCAUUUGUGUUUCUUGUGAGCAUGACUAUAUCAGUCGUGUUAUCUCCGUUAACUCUGGCAUUAGCAAUUGACACUGGUAUUGCUCCUCGGGUAACUUAAAGGAAUAGUUCAUCCAAAAAUGAAAAUUUUGUCAUCAUUUACUCACCCUCAUGUUGUUACAAACCUGUAUGAAUUUCUUUAUUCUGUUAAACACAAAAUAAGAUAUUUUAAUAAAUGUGGUAACUGCACAGUUAAAGGAUUAGUCCAUUUUCUUAAAAUAAAAAUCCAGGUAAUUUCACCACCAUGUCAUCCAAAAUGUUGAUGUCUUUCUUUGUUCAGUUGAGAAGAAAUUAUGUUUUUUGAGGAAAACAUUGCAGGAUUUUUCUCAUUUUAAUGGACUUUAAUAGAGCCCAACACUUAAUACUUAACUCAACACUUAACACUUUUUUUCAACGGAGUUUCAAAGGACUAUAAACGAUCCCAAACGAGGCAUAAGGGUCUUUGACAAUAAAAAUAACAAAUAUACACUUUUAAACCACAAUUUCUCAGCGUGACCUCGCGCAAUACGUCAUGACGUCAAGAGGUCACAGAGGACGAACGUGAAACUCCACCCCAGUGUUUACAAGUGUUUUAAAAGAGGACCGUUCCAACGUUGUUGUAUGUCAACUGAUACUAAUUAAUGUCUUUGUGUCAGUUUAUUGUUUACAAUGGUCCGCAAAUGUGCGUUUUAUAUUUUUAACACGUGACCUCCCUACGUCACUACGCAUUUACGUUAGGUCACGCUGGACCAGACCUAGACGAAAAGUUGUGGUUUAAAAGAGCAUAUUUUUUAUUUUUCUUGUCAAUAUGACAAUCGCUUCGCUUGAUAAGACACUUAUGCCUCGUUUGGGAUUGUUUAUAGUCCUUUGAAACUCCGUUGAAAAAAACUGUUACGUGUUGAGUUAAGUGUUAAGUGUUGGUGUCCAUUAAAGUCCAUUAAAAUGAGAAAAAUCCUGCAAUGUUUUCCUCAAAAAGCAUAAUUUCUUCUGAACUGAACAAAGAAAGACAUCAACAUUUUGGAUGACAUGGUGGUGAGUAAAUCUAUCUGGAUUUUUCUUUUAAGAAAAUUGAAUAUUCCUUUAAUCAAUGGGUGGGUACCGUCAAUUGUGUGCUUACCAUCCUUUAUUCUGUUCAUCAACAAGUUAAGAUAUUUUGAUAAAGAAAAAUGUGAAAAAAUAAUGACAAAAUAUUCAUUUUGGGGUGAAAUAUCCCUUUAAUGGGGCGGUCUGAUACACUGUUGAGCAGAGACACUAAUCUUCACUGAUUUUGUUUGCCUUUUUUUUACUUUCAUGGUUACAGCAGAGUAUGCAUAGAGCUAUAACUUGCUAAUAAAAUGAUGCCUUUGUUACUUCAGACUUUUUGUAUAGUGAGUAUGUAAGUUAACUGUCUCUAAAGAGAGGAUCAGGCUUGUGAAGACCGUAUCUUCACCCUUAAGACUUCAGUUAUGAUUUACAAUCGGCUUCACACUGGGAGUCUCUUCAGCCUUAAGCAGAAAUGGAAAAGUGCCAAAUUGAAUUAAGCACGCACUGCCUUCUGUAAGUAAGCUUGACUUCUGCCAAUUUAACAUGGUGACUCGAGACAUAAAGGGUCAAAUCUUAAUUUGAUUGAGUAUUCAGCUAAUAUGCUUCAUAGAGAUGAUAAACACAUGCUGUUAGCAAUUCGAGAUAAUUGACAUGGGAUUGUGUGGUCAGUUUUACAUUUACUAUGGUAAAGCAAUUAGAAAUCUGUUUAUAUCUGAGAGGCUGUGUGAGCGAUGUUUUUCAUCUUUUGCCUGUUUGUAACAAAACUGCCUAGUUUAUCUUUGCUACAAUUUGUAUGCUGAACAUGUAUUUCAUGCUUACCAGCUUUUACAAAAGGCUAACGGCUAUAUUUUUAAAUAAAAGAAAAGUUGAAAGCACAAA